AUGGAAGCAGACAAGGUCACAGAAGAGCCUCAUACCACCAUGGAUGCGGAAGAGAGCCUUUCUUCAAAGGACCCCUCUGCUCAGGACUCACAGGAGCCCCCUAUCCCUGAAAUCCCCUUAGAGCCUGCCCUCUCUGAAACCCUUUUAGAGCCCCUUGCCUCUGAAUCUCAUAUGGUGCCAUCCAUUUCCCAGAUCCCUUUAGAGACCUACACCUCUGAAACCCCUUUGGAGCCUUCCAUCUCUGAGAUUCCUUUAGAACACUCUGCCUCUGAGGUCCCUUUGGAGACCCCUAACCCUGAGAUCCAGUUGGAGACUCACAUCUCCAAGGUCCCAGAGAAACACCUUACUUUUCAGACCUCAUCACUAAGCUGUGUCUCUGUGUCUUCCUCUGAUUAUCUGAAGGAAGCCUUCUCUGAGUCUUCCUCCAGUGAGGGCUCAUGGACAAGGAGGCCUAUCCAGACCUCUGAAUCUGAGAGCGUUCCAAAGCACUCCCUUUCAGGCCUUCCAGCCCAGGUCCACCUGGACACAUCUGCAAAAGAUGGGGAAGAGGAAGAAGAGGGAGAGAAAGGGGUGGCUGCCACUGACAACACUGCUCACGCAGCUCAGCCUGAACACCAGUUGGACAACACCAUCCACCCAGUGGUCCCUGCUGAGCAGGCAGACCUGGUGGAAGUGACUAAGGCAAUGCACAAAGGGAAGUUUGGUGCUCAGGUGAAUUAUCUUUUCCAGUGGGAGAAGGAGGCAGCCCUGAAUGCCAUCCAAACAGGUCUCUAUAUUGGCUGGCGCUGCCCCCAUUAUCUAUGGGACUGUUUCCGGAUUGGGGAUGAGUCCAAGUGCUUUUGUGGACACUUGUUGAGAGAGCACCAGAUCAUCUCAGACAUAUCCGUGCCCUGCAAUGUGGGCCAGUGCCGCUGCCUCAUGUUCUGCUUUAUCCCAUCACGCCCAGAGGAGGUGGGUGAGUUCUGGCUCAAGAGACGGGCCACCUUUGACCCCAGGGCUUGGAGAGCCCAAUGUCGCUGCAAACACAGCCACGAAGACCACGCAGCUACCAGGUCCCAUUCCUGCAGGGUCAAAGGCUGUUGGUGCAACUGCUUUGAGUCUAAUUUCCUCUGUGCGGCCUGUGACUGGUGCUGGGAAGAACAUGAGACUUUCUUUGAGACUGAGGAGACCCGGCAGCGAGGAGGGAGGCCUCACGAGACAGACACCUGGCACAGGCCUCUGUGA